AAGCUUCCUUACUCUGCAAGGUUUAACAGAGUGUUGGCACUUUCUGGGGUAAUUCGCUCAUGAAUUUUUGAUAGGAAAUUGGCCAGUUUUUACAGGUGUUGUUUUAGAAAUUUGCUACAGCUGAAAGGGUAGAAUCAACCAGAAAUUUGCAUCAAUUAGGUUUAACAAAAUUAACUUACCUCGAGCAGGAGGUGAGUCGGCUGGUGUUGCGGACUGUGGAGGGCAGUGGUUGGCUGGAGCAGGGCUGCUUGCGAUGAUGGCGGGGAGCAGAAGCUGGCAGCUGGCGAUGGUGCUGCUUGCGGCGGCGAUUGCUGCUUGCGAGGGCGACUGGCGACGAUGGCGACUGGCAAGGGCGACUGCUGCUUGCGAGAAGCGAAUAUGGAGACUGGCGAGGGCGACUGGCGAUGGCGCGCUGCUUGCGGCGACGGGACGGAAGCGUUGGAGAUGGUUGAUGGUGCCGCUCUCCCUCUGUCGUUUCGUUUGUUCUACUUCUAGGUCGGUGAACUGGAGAAAGAAAAGGAAAGGUAGGGUUUUGUUUGGCUGGCGGCUGCCCAAUUCCACGUUUUUUUAGGGUUAAUUAAACGGCUGAACCGCGCGACCGGCUCGAGCGGCUCGAGCGGUUAACCGCGUCGGCCGCUCGCCGGCCGCUGUAUAAAAUCGUGGCGGUUAAGUAGCUGAUCCGAGCCGAUUUUACGGCCAGGUGGCGGCUUUGGCGGUCCGACCGGCCGGCUCGGUUCGGCUUUGACAGCACUGAUAAAAUGUACAUGUGGUAGUCGAUAGUUAACCAAUUUACUGAGUUUUUUAGCCCAAAAGAAUGAUACAAACAUCUGCUACUCGCGUAGUCGCGUGUCAAAAGCUACGACUGUAAUCACCGAGUACCAAUAGGCGAACAACAAUCAUACCAAUCCCGGAGGUGAAUACCACCAACUCACCAAGGGCAUAAAAAAAGAACCCAUAAGUCUUCUUUUUUAUUUCAUCCCUAGAUAGGGAUGGCAAUCAAACCCAUGGUCGCGGGAAUCCGAUCGCCCCCGACCCAGUCAAAGUGGGGAAUCCCGCAUUGACCGAGUAUGGGGCGGGUAUGGGUAAAACCCGCAAAAAGUUUGAUGGGUAUGGGGCGGGUAUGAGUUUAGCCUCCCCCGACCCAUACCCAUACCCAUACCCGCCCCACCAAAAACAGGAAAAAAUCCCAAAAUACUCU